UCCGACAGCUGACUGAGAUCGAUUAACGCGAUCGCGGUUUCCCCCAGAUUAACUACAACAUAUCGUCUGCAAAAACCGAGCAGAAUCAUUAGCGGGCAUUAGUGUUAAAAUGCCUGAGUGUGAUGAUAGUUAAACUACCUUUGGAAAUUGAUAUAUUCAGUAUUUGUGACAGCGAUAAUUGGUAUUUAUUUGUGCGAACACCUGUGUUCUAAAGACUUUCUUCUCGGAAAGAUUAUUCCUGGAAUUAUUGAAAAACGCCGGACUGACGAGGCAAUAAGAUUUUUGCGGUUGAGUAGGCCACUUGCUGCCCUUUGAACAGAGGUGGAAGACACUCCUAGUAAGAGCUGAUACCUGACGCCAUGGAUAAGAUGGCAGGCCGUGAGACCAUUGACCGACUCCGCAAGGAGCACGAAUGCAGCAUCUGCUGGCAGAAGUUUGAGAGCGCCCGGUUCCUUGCUUGCUUCCACUCCUUCUGCGAACUUUGCAUCGAACGAUGCGCCAGCACCAGCAGCAAACAAAACACGGUGGUCUGUCCUAUCUGUAGACACUGUACCACCCUACCUGAAGUAGGUGUCCGAGGGCUACCGCUCAACUUCAUCAUGAACCGCAUGGUGGAUGCCUUUGAGGAGUUCGAGGCGUACGAGGAGAAGUUGAAGAGCGUGGAUGCCAUGUGCGACUGGUGCGGUGACGAAGAAGCCGUUGCGACAUCCUUUUGCCACGACUGCUCCAACAUCCUCUGCAAGGAAUGCGUCAAUAUGCACUCCAAGAUGAGGAUCGCCAUGCGAGGGCACGUGGUUACCCCUAUCGCAGAGAUCCGCAGCGGGAAGACAAAGGUCCAGCGUAUGGACAGCGUUACAGAUGAACUGCCAACCUGUAAACACCACGAGGGAGAACAGCUCAAGUUCUACUGCAACACCUGCAAGAAGUCCGUGUGCCGUGACUGUAUCUUAACCACACACUCCAAACCGCAUCACGACUGCAUGGAUAUGACCAACGCCGCCAUUAAACUCAGGGAGAACUUGAGAAAGAUGUUGUCCGAGAUUAAAUGUAAAUCGAUAGAGAUAUCCGACCAUAUCUAUGUCAUUGAUCACCGUGAGAAGGAGGUCUUGGCGGAGAUUAAACGAGCUAUGGAUAAGGUCGACCAAGCUGCUGACGAAGACAUCAGGCAGAUUGAAGAACGACGUCGCAUCCUGCUCAAUAACCUCAGACAGGUCCGCUCUGCUCUUGUUGAGAGGAUCGACGGUGUCAGGUAUAAUGUGAAAGAAGCCGAGUCCAGGAUCUCUAGAGUCAACAACAUCGGUGAGAUCAUCUUGGAGAAGAGUAAAGACAACGAGAUGCUGAUGCUUCACGAAGGAUUCGACACCACAGUCCAGAAGCCGAUGUCGAAAAAGUUCGACCGCGCUGGACUGGAUCGCGUUCUCGAGAUUGCCCGCAAAAUCCGCUUCGAACGAGAGGUCCCCAAGCAAUUCAUCGGGAAAGUUACUCAUGGUCAGAUGGUAUGGCGUCUGGCCCGGCAGGUGGAGUUCCCUGUCCGACGAUGCGUGAUGAAUGGAAUGACAGCAUACACAAAUGGGCAGCUUGUCAUCGGAUACUACUCUGGUGGCAUCGACGUCGUCAGCAUCAACGGCAGCGGUCGCCGCGUCAUCGAGGAUGUCAAAGUCCAUGACGUCGCCACCAUGAGUGAUGGAAGUUUCGCCGUUUCCAGCGUUGACGGUUCGCUUCAGAUUCUGGGUGAGGACGGCAAAGUCAAGAAACGUUUUGAUACCCAGGGAGCGUCUGGAUUCGCUUCCAUAGCUGUCGACAAAGACGACAACGUCUAUGCCGGGUACCCUUUCUUGCAGAAGGUUAUGAUCUUCAGCUCUUCGAGUGGGAAGAUGCUACGUGCCACCACAACUUCCGGUUGCGCCCCGUGGCAGCUUCACACCUUGAAGUCGGGUCACAUCGUCGUCUCCGACCCCUGCGCUCAGAAUGGUCCAGUCGUCAAGAUCUUCGACCAGAAUGGCGACGUUACAGCGUCCGUUCGUGGUAGUCCCAACGAGCACUCCUACUGCACGACAGACGAAGACGAUAACCUGUACAUAGCCAUCAUCAACAAGGGCAGCGACGACAUGCUCUCCGUCAACCUGAUGACGCCCGAAGGCAAAUUCGUCGAGAACGUUGUUCAGAACCAGAAGGUCAACUUGGUGAGCACUUGGUUACGACUUGCAGCGCCCUCUCCGGGAACUAUAGUUGUGAGCACACACGAAAAGCUACUGGUUUAUCGGAAGCGGCCUUCCUACAAUGACUUCUGGAUUCCUGCUGCCCAAAUUGCAAGAUUUUAGGGUACCUCUAACAUUAGUCUCCGAAGAAGAACUUACUGAUAUGUAUUUAUAACUUUGUAAAAAAAUAAUACAUUUUGAAUUACUAUGGAAUGUGAAAUUUCUGUUGUCAUAUAUUAUGUUAGUUUUACAUGUUAAAUGUAACCACCCAUCUGAUUGAUAUAUUCAGCUAUACUAAACUGCUAGACGUACCAGAAAUUUAUUUUUAAAUGUAUGAUCUUAUUGCAUGCUUCAGCAUAGAAAGUGCAAUACCAGAAGUACGCUUGCAUAUUCCUUUACAAAAUUAAUGUGACUUUUCUUUUUCAAGUCGAGGAUUUCCCUUUUCAUACCACGACUUAAAUGCACAUCAAGCAUGUAAUUACGUACAGCAAGUAGAUAAUCAUGUUUAAAACUUUUCUAAAUCUGUGUGGAUCAUUUUCAGUCAAUCAAAUGUACAUCAUCAAGAACUUGUAGGUUUCUGUCAGUUUAAUCUAAUUAUGAUAGUAAUGAUCAUGUACUAAGUAUCAACUGUCACAAUAUCUGGGUCAUUUCCGAAGCCAAAGAAUAGGCCUUUUCCUCUCUCUUUCCCGAUAUGAUAGUUAACAAGAUCAAAAUUCAUAUUAAGAAAUUUACUGUUACGGAAGAAAAAUUAUUUUAAAAAUGGGGUCAACGUUAAUCCGCCUUUAGUUUCAGCUCUCUAAAAGUCAACAUGAAAUAGUUCAACUUCAACUUUUACGGGUUUUUUUUUAU